UCCGCGCUCCGCCGCCGCCGCCCGGCCAUGCGCGCCCGCUGAGCCGCAGCAGAGGCGGCCGCCCUGCGCUCCGCUCCCGCUUUUGAUUUUUCCUGCUGUCUUCGUUGGGGUUCUGUGUUGGUUUUUUGCGUUCGCGUGACGCCCCCCGCGGGCGCGGGGCGGCGGCGAUGGGCGCGGCGGCGGGCGGGCGCUCCGCGGGGCGCUGAGCGGGCGCGCAGCGGGCGCGGGCCGCGCCAUGGCCGCCAAGGACAAUCCCUGCAGGAAGUUCCAGGCCAACAUCUUCAACAAGAGCAAGUGCCAGAACUGCUUCAAGCCCCGCGAGUCCCACCUGCUCAACGACGAGGACCUCAACCAGGCCAAACCCAUUUAUGGUGGCUGGCUGCUGCUGGCCCCGGAAGGAACGGACUUUGACAACCCCGUCCAUCGCUCCCGGAAAUGGCAGCGUCGGUUCUUCAUCCUCUACGAGCACGGGCUGCUGCGCUAUGCCCUCGACGAGAUGCCGACCACCCUCCCGCAGGGCACCAUCAACAUGAACCAGUGCACGGAUGUGGUGGAUGGGGAGAGCCGGACAGGGCAGAAGUUCUCCUUGUGCAUCCUGACACCAGAGAAGGAGCAUUUCAUCCGGGCAGAGAACAAGGAGAUCAUCAGUGGGUGGCUGGAGAUGCUGAUUGUCUAUCCCAGGACAAACAAGCAGAAUCAGAAGAAGAAGAGGAAGGUAGAGCCCCCAACUCCCCAGGAGCCUGGUCCUGCUAAGAUGGCUGUGACCAGCAGCAACAUUCCCAGUGCUGAGAAGGUCCCUGCCACCAAGUCCACGCUCUGGCAGGAAGAAAUGAGAGGCAAAGACCAAGCAGAUGGGGGCAGUGGCAUUGGCCCAGCCCAGAGCCCCAUGCAAGGCCAGGCUGGGGCUGCCAGCUCCAUGAAGGACCCCGUGCUGGACAGCAAGGAAGAGGAGAGCUCCAUGAACGGAGACCGGAUAGACUGCGGGCGGAAGACGCGUGUCGAGAGCGGGUACUUCUCCUUGGAGAAGACCAAACAAGACUCGAAGCUGGAAGAGCAGCAACUGCCACCCCCACCAAGCCCACCCAGCCCCAGCACCCCGAACAACAGGUACAGUUAUCCCAAAUCGCCCUCACAGGAGCAUGCCCAGCCCUUUCCUUCCCCAGGUAUCCGAUCAGGCGACCGAAUGAUUCACAGCUUCUCUCUGAACUCCUUGGACUCGAAGAGCAGUUGCCCCAUGCACAAGGACUCCAACAACAGAGAUGUAGGAAGGGGAGCUGAGAAAUCGGGGCGUCCCCUUUCUUUUAAAGCCAGCCGGCAGUACACCACCCUGGCCGACGUUCCCAAGGCCAUUAGGAUCAGUAAUCGUGAGGCCUUCCAGGUGGAGAGGAAGCGGCUAGAGCGGAGAACCCGGGCUCGUAGCCCUGGGAGAGAAGAAGUGGCCCGGCUCUUUGGGAAUGAGAGAAGGAGAUCCCAGGUGAUUGAGAAAUUCGAGGCACUGGAUAUUGAGAACGCGGAGCACAUGGAGACGAACGCGCCGGGCGGCGCUGCCCUGUCCAGCGAGACGCGGCAGGGCAGGAGCGAGAAGAGAGUUUUCCCACGGAAACGGGACUUCACUUGUGAAGGAGCAGCCGUGGGCUCCAUCCUGGAUGUGUCUGCGUCACCUCUGUCCCCACACCGCCGGGCAAAGUCUCUGGACAGAAGGUCCACGGAGUCCUCUAUGACGCCCGACCUGCUGAACUUCAAGAAGGGCUGGUUGACAAAGCAGUACGAGGAUGGGCAGUGGAAGAAGCACUGGUUUGUGCUGACUGACCAGAGCCUGAGAUACUACCGGGAUUCAGUGGCAGAGGAGGCAGCUGACCUGGAUGGAGAAAUCGAUUUAUCCACGUGCUACGAUGUCACUGAGUACCCAGUUCAGCGGAACUACGGCUUCCAGAUCCAUACAAAGGAAGGGGAGUUCACCCUCUCUGCCAUGACGUCGGGUAUCCGCCGCAACUGGAUCCAGACCAUCAUGAAACACGUUCGCCCCACAACUGCUCCUGAUGUAACAAGCUCGCUGCCGGAAGAGAAAAGCAAAACAGGCUCUUCCUUCGAGACUGGUCCAAAGCCGAGCGAGAAGCCGGAUGCGGAACAAGCCGAGCUGGACACGGAGCAGAAGCGGAGCCGCGCCCGGGAACGCCGACGAGAAGGACGGUCCAAGACCUUUGACUGGGCUGAAUUUCGCCCCAUCCAGCAGGCCCUGGUGCAGGAGCGUGCGAACGCUGCAGACUCCUCCAGUAGCGGCUCGGCCGCCUUCCCCAGGGACACCGGAGCUGCCGACGCCGACCCCGGGGAGCUGGAGCGGGAGCGGGCCCGGCGGCGGGAGGAGCGGCGCAAGCGCUUCGAGAUGAUCGAUGCCGUGGACGGGGCAGGGUCAGAAGAGGCGCUGAGGAUGGAGGUGGACAGAAUCCUGCCUGUCCCAGCAGACAUCAAACCGCAGAACGUCCACGUGGAGAUCGAGCAGCGCUGGCACCAGGUGGAGACCACCCCACUGCGGGAGGAGAAGCAGAUCCCCAUCACGCCGCUGCACCUCGCCCACGCCGACGACCGGGAAGAGGGGCUGACGAAGCAGCACCUGACCACGCUGCUGGAGAAGGAGCUGGAGCAGAAGCAGAAGGAGGCCCUAGAGCUCCUGGAGCAGAACCGGCACCUGCAGGAUCAGCUGAAAGUGGCUCUGGGCCGGGAGCAGAGCGCCCGGGAGGGCUACGUGUUGCAGACCGAGGUGGCCACCUCGCCAUCAGGUGCCUGGCAGAGGCUCCACAAAGUCAACCAAGACCUCCAAAGCGAGCUGGAAGCCCAAUGCCAGCGUCAAGAGGUGAUCAAUCAGCAGAUUCAGUCGCUGAAGCGCAGCUACGCCGAGGCCAAGGACGUGAUCCGGCACCACGAGGCCGAGAUUCAGAGCCUGCAGGCGAGGCUCAGUAACGCGGCGGCUGAGCUCGCCAUCAAGGAGCAGACCCUGGCCAAGCUCAAGAGCGACCUGAGGAGCGAGAAGGAGAAAGCCAAAGAGCAGCUGGAGGAGUGGCAGCACGGCGAGGCCGCGCUCAGCUCCCAGCUGAAGGCCAGCGAGCAGAAGCUGAAGAGCGCGGAGGCUCUGCUGCUGGAGAAGACCCAGGAGCUGCGGGACCUGGAGAUGCAGCAGGCUCUGCAGCGGGACCACCAGAAGGAAGUGCAGCGGCUCCAGGACAGGAUCGCAGACCUCAGCGGGCAGCUGAAUGCCAGCGAGCAGGCGCGGGUCCUCAUGGAGGAGAAGCUGCAGAAGAACUAUGAGGCUUUGCUGGAGAGCUGCGAGAGGGAGAAGCAGGUUUUGAUACGCAGCCUGAAGGAGGUGGAGGACAAGGCCAACGAGUACGAGAAUCAGCUGCAGAACAGCGAGCAGCAAAUGGAGAUUCUGCAGAAGGAAAAGUUGAGCGCCAAGUUCGAAGGCAGCGAGCUCGUUCACCAGCUGGAGGAGCAGCUGGCCAUGAAGGAGGCCAGCAUCCAAAAACUUGCCGAACACAUCGAGGAACUUGAAAGAGAGAGGGAUCAGAUCAAGUGCCGGUUCCACGAGCUCAUGAAUCAGGUGGCCGAGUCGGAUAACGAAGUUGCAAAGCUACAAGCAAAGUUGAAAAUGGAAGAGACCAACUACCACAAUCUGGAGCAGUCGUUCGAGGAGGUGUCGGAUCAGUUCCGGGGGGUGCAGGAGGUGCUGAAAGAGAAAGAAGAAGAGCUGAGACACGUUAAGGAAAUGCAUUUGAGAAUUGUGGAGAAGAAAGAUCAAGAUCUCAGUGAGGCUUUGGUUAAAGUGGUUGCUUUAGAUAGCAGUUUAGAGGAGACUAAAGUAAAGCUAAAGGCCAAGGAGGAGGCUUUAAAGAAAUUAGCUAGUGUGGGCACAGGUCCAUGUGCUGAGGAGGCAGAAGACCUUGGCCCCAGUCUUGAGGUGGAUGAAAGUCAUCCAUCCCAACUGGGGCAGGCUCUGCAAACUCAGGAUGUCCUCCCAGCUCUGACUUAUGCACUGAAGGAGGAGGAGGAUGAGGUUCUUGAGACCAGUCAGAGGCAAGUAGAGGAAUUUGGCUCCCCAUCAAAAGUUGUAGAGCUCCAGGACCAAGAGUUGGUUCAGAAAGCUUUAGCAAAGCCUGAUGUAGGAAUCAUGGGGGCCAAGAGGCAAAGGAUCCGUUUUUCAAGCAUCCAGUGUCAAAAAUACAUCCAUCCAGAUGGAUCAGAGAAAAACUGGACAAGCAGUACCUCUUCAGACACUAGCCAGGACAGAUCUCUGUCUGAAGAAAGCAUGUCCUCAGAGCCAGCUCUGGGUUACCCCUCAUCAGGGACGAGCGAUUCUGAGACUUAUCUCUCCAUCAUCCAUUCCCUGGAAACCAAACUGUAUAUCACAGAGGAAAAGCUCAAAGAUGUGACAAUGAAGCUGGAAAGCCAGCACGGCCAUAACCAGGAGACACUCAUUGCCCUCCACCAUCAGUGGGCCAGCACGGAGUCCCAGCUGCGGGAACAGCUUCAGACCAGCUUGUCCCAAGUCAAUGCUUUGAUCUCACAGCUGGAGAGCGAGAGGCAGGAAAAGUUCAAGCUCAUAGAAAGUCACGUCAGUGAGCUGGGAGGUUUCCAGAUGAAAAACGAUCAAGCGCUGACUUGCUUAGAGAAGUGCAGGGAGCAGCUAAGAUCCUUGCCCAAAUCAGACAAGGAUAAAGAGGGGGAUUUGUUCCUUGUUACUCUGUCCAGCAUGGAAACAACUUUAUCUAACGCAAUCCAAGCCUUGAGCGGAGCGCCAGUCCCAUCAGAAUAUCAGCAGAGUGAAAGCCUCACCACGGUUAGCCCCGCUCCAGAAGGAGGGGAUUUAGAAGAGGAGGACAUCUCCAAGGAGCAGCAAGCAGAUGUGUUUGACACUGGCCAGCUGAGGUGGCUUUCUGAGAGGGUGGCAUUUGAGGCCUCUCUCAUCAACCAAAUAGCAGAGUCUUUGAAAAAUGCAAGCUCUGAGAUAGCCCAGCUUCUGAGAGAGAUCCAGGGAACAGCCGAGGUGGUUUUGUUGGAGCCAGCAAGUGUUUCUCAUACAGCCAAUGAUUUGGCCAGCAUCCUGUCUAAAAAGCUGCUGCUGGAAGGGGAGUUUUGGAGCCAGGUGGAGGAGCUGAGAGCACACUUGAGCACUAGAGAAGGAGAAGCUGAGGGCAAAUCAGAAACAGCUUUGGGCAUUUCCCCAUGUUUUCUCAGUGCUGUAGCUGAUGCUACAUUGAUCAAGGCAGAACUUGGGUUUGUUGCAGAGAAAAUGAGAGAAUCUUUUCAUCAGAGGUUAAAAGCAAUUGAAGAAGAGCUCCAUAAUACCAAAACAGCUCUCCAGCAGCACAAGUGCAUGUUGGAGGAGAUCAUCAAAGCGUACAGGACUCCUGAGUUUGACAGAGUUAUGCACCAGAUUUCUGAAGCACUUGAAAUACAAAAAGAUGCUUUGGAAAGAACCCAGAUCUCUUGGGAUGGGAGCCGUCUCCAAAUGGUGCCGUGCCAGGAAUUAGCCAAGGUGGAGGAGACUGGCAGUGCCCCAGACCGUAGUAGUGAAGCUCUUGUUUCCAUUCAGGAAGAUCUUGCCCAGCAGCUAAAGGACAAAUCCAAUAUUCUGAAGGAGAUAUCUGUUGCCUUACUCUCUCUGCCUCCUGAGGAGGCCAUGAGAGACUGUCAGAAGCUCCUGAAGAUGUCCCAGAGUCUUUCCUACCAUUCGUGCAUGGGAGACCUGGAGCGUUAUUCGUCUUUGUUAGUCCACGAUGCCAUUGUUCAGGCUCAGGUUUGUUACGCCGCUUGCAAAGUCCGUCUGGAGCACGAGAGGGAGAUGAAGUCCUACAAGGAGUCCCUGCAGAGCAUGGAUGCACUGUGCCAGGAGCGUGUGAAGACAGUGUCUCUCCUGCGGGACGAGUACGAGGAGCUGCUCAGGAAGCAGCAGGGCGAGUACAGCGAGGUGAUCGCCGUGCUGGAGAGGGAGAACGCUGACCUCAAGGCAAAGGUGUCCCAGCUGGACAACCAGCGGAGGCUCUUGGAGGAGGAAGGGCACGAGCACAGCAAGAGCUUGAGCGAGCUGCAGGGGCGGUACGAGGAGGAGAUCCGAAACGUGAUCGAGCAGCUCAACAGGACGGAGGAUGCCCUCAAGGCCGAGAGGGUGGAGGGGCUCAACCAGCUGGACGCCGUUGUCCGCGACAAGCAGAACAUGGAGCAGUAUCACCUGGAGCAGAUGCAAACGCUGGAGGAGAAGUUCCAGGCCAAGAUCAAGGAGCUGCAGGUCAUCCACAGCGAGGAGCUGCAGGCACUGCAGGACCACUACAGCCAGAACCUGCAGCGCCUGCAAGAGACCCUCGAUGAGUACCAGAGGCAGCACCCAGAGGCGUCCCCCGCGGUGGCCCCGGGCGCUGGGGACACCUGGGCAGCCGGUGAGGCGGGUGGCACCGGGCAGGACCCCGGCAAUGACCCGGACUCCAUGCACGGCCUGAGGGAACGCAUCCAGGAGCUGGAGGCCCAGAUGAACGUCAUGAGGGAUGAGCUGGAGAACAAACAUCUGGAGGGGAACGCUUCCACUUUGAGGGAAAAAUACCAGAAAGACUUUGAAAACCUAAAGGCAACAUGUGAGAGGGGCUUUGCAGCCAUGGAGGAGACGCACCAGAAGAAGAUCGAGGACCUGCAGCGGCAGCACCAGCGGGAGCUGGAGAAGCUGCGGGAGGAGAAGGAUCGCCUGCUGGCAGAGGAAACGGCUGCCACCAUCUCAGCCAUCGAAGCCAUGAAGAACGCGCACCGGGAGGAGCUGGAGCGGGAGCUGGAGAAGUCCCAGCGCUCCCAGAUCAGCAGCGUCAACGCCGACAUCGAGGCCCUCCGAAGGCAGUACCUGGAGGAGCUGCAGUCGGUGCAGCGGGAGCUGGAGGUGCUUUCGGAGCAGUAUUCCCAGAAGUGUUUGGAGAACGCCCACCUGGCGCAGGCGCUGGAGGCUGAGAGGCAGGCCCUCCGCCAGUGCCAGCGGGAGAACCAGGAGCUCAACGCCCACAACCAGGAGCUGAAUAACCGCCUGGCUGCGGAGAUCACGCGACUGCGGACCCUGCUGACCGGGGAGGGCGGGGGAGAGGCUGCUGGGUCGCCUCUCACGCAGGGCAAGGACGCCUACGAGCUGGAGGUCCUGCUGCGGGUGAAAGAAUCUGAAAUCCAGUACCUGAAGCAGGAGAUCAGCUCCCUCAAAGACGAGCUGCAGACAGCACUGAGGGAUAAGAAAUACGCCAGCGACAAGUACAAAGACAUCUACACGGAGCUGAGCAUCGUGAAGGCCAAGGCAGACUGUGAUAUCAGCAGGUUGAAAGAGCAGCUGAAAGCAGCCACAGAAGCUCAGGGAGAGAAAUCCCCUGUGAACACCACUGUAUCGGGAUAUGAUAUUAUGAAAUCAAAAAGCAACCCUGAUUUCUUGAAGAAAGACAGAUCCAGUGUUAGCCGGCAACUAAGGAAUAUCAGGUCAAAGAGUCUGAAGGAAGGCCUGACUGUGCAAGAACGCCUGAAGCUUUUUGAAUCCAGGGACUUGAAGAAAGACUAGUUCUCCCCGCUCCGCUUGACCACGCGCACCUCCCAGCUUGAGGCAGCACAGCACCAGCACCGUUUGUCUCUCGUUCCUUACGAUGUCCUCGCUGUCGUUCGUCCUGACGCCCCGACGGGACCCGGCGCCGCGGUGGCGGUGCCCCCCUCGCCUCCCUGGCUCCUUUCCCUGCUUGUGAGAUGCUCCAGAGACUCUGAGAGGGAGAGGAAGGGAUUGGAGUGGGGUUUUCCCCCCCCUCUCUUCGGCGCUUUGUAGGAGAAUCCUUUCUUUACUGUAAACCAUUACACUAAGUGUCAGUAUUAAGGCUCAGUAGCCUGUUAAUAAGCUAUAGCUCUGUCGGGAAGAGCGAGCAGGGCCUGGGUGGUGUCAGCCAGACCGAGCUCUUACUGCUGUCUAGAGACCCCGUGCUCAGAGCACACCAGGAGCCUGAUCUCACCAUUGAUCUCGACUGCAUUACUUGCACCUACAAGGGGGGAAAGCCGGGGGAAGCUGUCGCGUCCGCAGCCUGGAGGUACAACACUGACAUCUCGCUGGAGAAGGAUGCAAGAAGUGAUUCUCCUGCCCCGUGACUGUGCCGUAUCCUGAAUGUAGGUGCCACCGAAGCCUGGCAAGCUUUGGUGGCUGCCCAGGUGGUUAUGGAUGGGGAGCUGCAGCUACUGAAGUGCACCAUCGAGUCGGCCCCGUCGGCGCGUCCUCGCUCCCGUCUCGCUGGUGGUCGGAGUUGGUGCUCCAGGGGCCGAGCUGUAAGAUCACUUUCUUGCCUCUGUUAGAUCAAGCCCAGCACUCUUUUUUUUUUUUUUUUUUUUUUUUUUUUUUUUUUUUUUUUUUUUUUUUUGCUGUUACUCCCUUCCUCUCAUUGAAUCCCGUGUAUCCCAGGGUCUGUGCGCAUGUGAAACUCCCUUUUCCUAGUCAAAGGAAAGUAGAGUAGAAAGUAGAGCCAAUAUUGACUGAAAAUGCACAGUGCUCAAUGCAUAUAAUGCUCCUUUUUUACCAGCUUCUUGAAUUCAACUCUUCUUGUCAGCAGGGCAGCUCCUAUUUUAAUUCUUUAAUCUUUUCCUGAAAUAAAGAUCUCAAAACCAGUAUGUGCUUCAGACCUUCUCAGUCCUAAGAGCUUCUGUAUUUAAAACAUACAAUUUAGCACCGUGAGGCAGAUAAAUGCAUAUAAACCAAGGGAUGAGGAGCUGGUAGCACUGGAUGGUCACAGCCAGCUGAGCAGAGGCUUCCUAGAAGAAGCCUGUGCUGCUUUGCAGGUGAGGAGCUUCAUCCCUGGAUGAAUCUCAAGAUGUCACCUGGAAGGUCACCAGGGCUGAAGGAGACUCUGGCACGUUGGCUUCCCAGCCUGGUUGGGUGCUGAGUGACCUCUUCAGGCUGGGAUGUGGAAGAUACCCUGGCCUUCACCCGGAGCAGAGCUUCCUCUUGUCCUUCAGGCACUCAGCCAAGGUUGAGGCCAGCAGCUCCCAGUGCUUCCCUGCUGGUUUUGGGUCUGAUGGUUGGUACAGGCACAGCUCUCAGAGCCCCACGGGGCUGGUGAAACCACCCCCAGUCCUGCCAGGCUGGACCAGAGCAGCUGCUGGGGUUACCUUCAUCCUCCUGGGAGCAGAAUCUCUUUUUUCCAGCCACGAGACCCUCAGCAGGACAUUGUAUCACUGAACCACAGUGGGAGUCAGGCUCUUGUCCAGCUUGUGUGGCCUUGCCAUGGCCAAGUGUCCAGUUUGGCACCUCACAGCAGGACUUGGCAGCUGGUCCUGCCCAGAGGAGCCCUGCUUGUCCCCAGGCAGGAUGGCAGCACCUUGCAGGGGGCAGAGCAGCUGUUCUGCUGGGAUGCUCUGUGUGCCUGGGUGUGCAUGGAGGUCCUGGAGAUGGGAGCAGGGUAGGAGAGAUGCUCAACCUGUUGGAUCCAAAGCCUUUCCCUCGUCAGCAGUGCUCUCAGGUGUGUGGAUGUGCAGCCGGGCACUGCAUCUGCGUUCACCACAGCACUUCCAUGAUCUGGGCUCUGGAGAACCUGGGGUGUUCCUACCGUGUCCCACCUCUCCAGCCACUUCAUCCCUGGCUGCUCCAGGUGCGUGGUGAGCUCUGAUCUGGCAGAGGCCAUGGGAGGCAGCAUGGAUUUGGGAUGGCACAUGGGCCUUGUCAUUGUCAUUGCUCUUCUCUUGCAGGAUGUCACUGGCUCUAGGAGAACCCUCCUCCUCCUCUUCUCUUUAGACUUGGGAUGGGACUUUUCCCUUUUUAGCCAACCAAGCAGAACAUUCUCGUCUCCUUCUUGCCACGUGGACCCUGCCCUUUCUUAGAUUCCCCAGCAAAUCCUGCUCAUGUGCUCUAGCUUGUAGGAGCAGACGUUUCCAUGGGGGAGUUGGGCUCCUCUGGAAAAAUAAAUGGAGAAUCUUGGUCUGCUGCACAGACAGGGCUGAGCAGUGGCCUUGACAUCAUCAGGAUCAGCUGCACCCUCUGGGGCAGUGCUUGGGAAGGAUGUUUGGGGUGUGUUCAGGGUGGGAGCUGUGAAUUCUGGGGGUCACGGGGAGGAAGAGGAGGAAGGAAGGAAGGUCCCUUAUGCAGCCAAAUGUUCUGAACCCCUGCUGAGGGUUCUGGGCUCGCUCUGGUGAGUCUGAGCAUCUCUCCAAGGCAAGGGGCAGCACUUUACCUGCCUUUAUUGUAAAGAAAAGGAACCUGCAGCAUGAAUAAACAGCCCCAAAGUGAAAUAUUCCUGCAGAGCCCAGUACUUGAAAAUAAAAGGAGAAGUCCUUUUAUUCGUAGCAAUGAUCCUCAGUUAUCCUCCUGCUUCUUCCUGCUCCUGACUUCAUCCAUCUUUUGGGAUUAAUCAGUGGCUAUUUAAAUUAGAAAGUGUGUGGGGAAGCUGCUGCAUUCUGCAUCACUCCACACUAUUGAUAGCACCAAAAAGGGAGGUUUAGGAGAACUCAAGUGCAGCGAAGGCACAGGUCUUGGAGCCUUGUUGGCUUCAAGUAAUCUUAUUUUUCCUGAGUAAAAUUUUCCUCCCAUUUGCACCAUCUCUGAGCCAGACUGAAUCCUUCUUUAAAUGUCACCUUUUCUUUGCUCACAUACUAAAAAAAGAAGUAAAUUGUGUUCAUUUGUUUCAAAAAUAGAAUUGGUGCUGGCUUGCAAACCAGAAAAUGCCCUUUUUUUUGGUACCAGAGAGCUGGGCUGCAGUAAAAGUGCUCACAUUUUGUACCUACUCUAUUUGAUGGCACUUCCACAAGACCUUUGCAUAUUUGUCCUGGUUUGGAUACUCAGUUUGUUGUGGAUGUUCAAGCACACGCACACUCGCUGUGGUCUGCCUUUGCUCUGUAUUUUUUUUCACUUUCUAGGUAAAGAAAAGCUUUCUUAUUAUUCUCUUUUUAAAAAACAAAAGUAAUUUAAUACCUGUAUAGCAUUCCAAGUGUGCAGUGUAAAUAUUUAUUCCUCAGCAGUUUGCAGAGGGUUCUCUUUUGUGACUGAGUUGUGGGUUUGAUUUUUAAGGCUUGUUGUAGCACAGAGGCCCCACGUGUGGGUUGGGAGAGGAGGAAAGAGUGUAAUGUGUCCAACCCACCCCAUCUGCCCUGAUAAACUGCUUUUUUGAGGGGUUGAGGACUGUUAUAAAUACCUUUUCAAACCUUUUCUGCUGAUCUAUGCCUUUAGCUUUGAAGGUACCUGUCCGAAGAUUGUGUACAGUCUGUUUGACCACUGUAACCUACUUUGCUAUAGACUUGGGGUAUUUUUUUCCAGUCAGAGGACUCAAUAAUCUUGUGCUUGAUAGCAGCAUCAACGCUGUGCAUGUGCAAACUGUGCCCUGUUGUUACAGAGAGCAGCAACAACUCCCUGCCAGCCACAGCCCCUGCACACACACCCAUCCCACAGCAGCGUGGCUGUAACUCGCUGUGUACCUUCAAAUGCAGUGGGACCACAGCAACAAGAGCCAAGGCACUGCUGCAGACACAGGGAAACAACAGCCUCAGUGUGAGGCUGCUGAGGAAACAGAGGGUGUGGGAUUUACUAGAGAAACCUGACGAGUUGGUACCAGCUGAACUAACCCAGCUGGCUCUGAACUCGUGAAUAAACGGGUGCAAUUAGCAUUAUUUUCUUCAUGCUUUCUUCACCCUGUGUGCAGGACAAGAGUGCUCGCUGUUUGUUCUCACCUAGAGAAAGCAAAGCAUGUAAAAUACUGGAGACUAUGGUAAGUAGGAAGCAGGAAUCCCCUGGCUUGGCCCGUGUCCACCUUCCUGGAGUUCUGGAUGACUUGAGAGUUUAAAGAAUCAUUUGGAAGGACGGAGGUUUGGGGGAAGGGAGGGGUGGAAGCUCUGUGAGGCUGAGGGUGGUGUCUGAUGUGGCAGUUCAGGUAUUAGUGGCCAGUCUUCCUCCAGUGGCCUGGGAACAGCUCGGCCUUGGGCCUGUCCAGGCACAGCUUCACCCGACUGCCCAACGAUGGGGAUUCAUUCUGGGUCACAUCUGGGCACUGUGCUCUGCCACGUGUCUGGGAACAGCCAGCACACAGCAGGACUGUGAGCACUGAGGGUGAAGGAGUCAUUUCCCAGAGCUGUUUCUGUGAUGGUGUGACAGAGCAGCCAGCCCUCAGCUCCAGCUGUGACGUGGCUGAGCAGGGCCAGCGGGACCCGGGCAGCGCUGGGAUGCUGCAGCCUCAGGGCUCUCACACAUCAUUCUGUUCCCCUGCAAAGGGGAAGGGUGUGGAAGGCUCCUGUUUCUCCAUGUGUGUGAGUUCCUGUCUCCUUCCCUUCUCCCUUCCACUCCCAGUUUAUUCCAGUGCUUUUUUAAGAGCCACCAUUCCUGAUCAACUGCUUGCUGUAACAGAAACGCCACUUUUUCUCACUGUAUUUAUUCCUUACAAACCUUGUGUGACAUGCUAGGCUCCCCUGGAUGUAGCUGAUCAUUUUUACUUUGUAAAUAUAAUUACUUAACUUUACAUUAACUAUAUGGUAAUAAACUAUUUUUGCACCACCCUUUGCA